AUGGCCUGCUUACGCCUCGAUUCCCAGGGACGCGACCCAAGCCCCUUCCAGGGACGCGACCCGAGCCACUCCCAGGGACGCGACCCAAGCCCCUUCCAGGGACGCGACCCAAGCCCCUUCCAGGGACGCGACCCAAGCCCCUUCCAGGGACGCGACCCGAGCCACUCCCAGGGACGCGACCCAAGCCCCUUCCAGGGACGCGACCCAAGCCCCUUCCAGGGACGCGACCCAAGCCCCUUCCAGGGACGCGACCCGAGCCACUCCCAGGGACGCGACCCAAGCCCCUUCCAGGGACGCGACCCAAGCCCCUUCCAGGGACGCGACCCUAGCCCCUUCCAGGGACGCGACUCAACCCCUUCCCAGGGACGCGACCCAACCCCUUUCCAGGGACGCGACUCGAGCCACUCCCAGGGACGCGACCCAAGCCCCUUCCAGGGACGCGACCCAAGCCCCUUCCAGGGACGCGACCCAAGCCCCUUCCAGGGACGCGACCCGAGCCACUAA